GGGGCCGCCCCCCGCAGCUGAGCGCCGCGCGCAUGCGCACCACUUUUCCCGUGCUCGUAGGAGCGCUCGCGAGGUUUGACGGCACUCGGCCUCGCGGCCGUUGGCCGAUGGCGUCAUCGGGGCGGGGCUUAGCUUUGAAUUGGCGCGGGCUGCGGCUCCCAGCAGCAGCAGCAGCAGCAGCAGCGACCGGGCAGGGUCGGGUCAUGGGUACGCCGGAGACGCAGGGAAGUGCGAGGAGUAUCUCGGUGCCGCGACCGCCUUCCAUCGAGGACUUCACCAUCGUGAAGCCCAUCAGCCGCGGCGCCUUCGGGAAGGUGUACCUGGGCCGCAAAGGCGGCCGGCUCUACGCUGUCAAGGUAGUCAAAAAAGCAGAUAUGAUCAAUAAAAACAUGGUUCACCAGGUCCAGGCAGAGAGAGAUGCUUUGGCUCUCAGCAAAAGCCCUUUUGUUGUGCACUUAUAUUACUCACUUCAGUCAGCUAAUAACAUCUACUUGGUGAUGGAAUACCUUAUUGGUGGAGAUGUCAAAUCUCUUCUCCACAUAUAUGGAUAUUUUGAUGAAGAAAUGGCAGUAAAGUAUAUUUCUGAAGCAGCCCUGGCUCUUGAUUACCUUCACAGGCAUGGGAUAAUCCAUAGGGACCUGAAGCCAGAUAACAUGCUGAUUUCCAAUGAAGGCCAUGUAAAAUUGACAGACUUUGGCCUCUCCAGGGUUACUCUGAACAGAGAGAUAAACAUGAUGGAUAUCCUUACUACACCAUCCAUGGCAAAGCCGAAGCAAGACUAUUCACGUACUCCAGGACAAGUGUUGUCUCUCAUCAGUUCUCUGGGUUUUUACACCCCAAUUGGAGACAAGGUGCAAGGACCUACAUCAAGUCCCAUGUCUGACACUUCACAACUUUCUCAAGGAUUAGUUUCUUCCACUUCUGUGGGUCAAAAGGAAUAUACCCCUCUUUCGAGUAAACAGUUAAAGUCAUGUCUUGAUACUGCUGCCUUAAAUCCUGGGAUGCCAGUGAGGAGUUUAACUCCAUCUCUUCUUCAAGCUAGAAAAAGGUUUGGUACCUCUAGUGCCAGUAGCCACUCACGCACACGUCUGUCCAGUCUGGAAUCGGAAUGCUGUAGCAGCCCCAGGUGGGAGAAAGAUGCAGAGGGAACUGAAGAUGCAUCAUGUUCUGCAACAAGCAAAGUAAAUAAGGAAUCGGAGAAGCUUCUUAAUAUGGAAUUGUUGCAUGCCAAAGAUGCUAAAACAUUAAAGACAAAGGAACUUGAGUCUGUUAUCUCUCCAAUUGGUAGCAAUGACUCUGACUCUGGCAAAAGGCAUGAGGCAAGAAUUGAGCAUUCUGAUAUAAUUGUCACUGCUGUGACAGCAGUAGAUAUGAAAGAUCUAGUCAGGAAAUGUCUUUCUGAAAAUAAGGCUUGGGAAGAAAAGUGUGUUUUGGAUAAAACUGGUUUGACAAAGGAAACGGCAAAAGCAUCCAGUCACCAGCAGCCCCGCUCCUGGCUGAUUGAUCCCAUCAAAGAGGAGGAUAUUCUUGAAAAGCCAGGUAUCAAAAGAAACUUUCAGCAAGUUGACACCAGUCCUUGUCAAGAACUUAACCAAGUCAAAAAAAGCAAUGCCGAAUACAAACGUGGUUGUCAAAUUUCAGAAUACCAGGAAAACCAAAACACAGGUUUAACAACAGAAAUUCAGUCCUUAAUGCUUUCAAGUGAUGGAGGCCUAUGGAAGACCUGUAAAAGUGGUGAAUUAAAAGCUAAAGACAUUAUCUGUAGGCAGCAAACAUCAGAAAAAUCAGCCAUACCAUUAAUAGCCAAGAACCUUAUGCAUGAUUUGGAUGUAGAUUAUGAAAAAGAUGAUAAAAAGGAAUAUAUGAACUCUAGUUUCUUAGGCACUGAUGAUGAGAAACCUCUUGGAAUCUUGAGUGUGGACUCUGAUGUAUCCCUCCCUGAGAUGUCUGUUACAGAGAGCCAUUUAGAAAAACAGCUUUCAGAUUUGGAUAAGAGUAUUAAAGACCUUUCCUUUGAGGAGUCAAAAACUGAAGCCAUGUUAGUAGCAUCACCAUGUUGCCAAGAUACUUCAAGAGGUGAGGAAGAACGUAUCCAGGAGAGCAAACCUUUACAACAUGAACAUGAUACUGACCUAAAAUUCUUAGCUGAACCUCAUAUUGAUGCGUCUUCUCCUUCAGAGGAGAUGAUGAAAACACUGGCUCUCCUUAAAAAAAAUGUUGUUGCUUUUCGAAGUUAUAACAGUCCAAUUAAUGUGUCCAAUGCAUCUGAGCCAUCAAGAAUUAGCAUGGCUUCUUUAGAUGUAGUGGAUGUUUCACCUGCCUGUAGUGGCUCUUAUCCCAUGGCUAUUACACCAGCACAAAAAGGAAGAUCAUAUAGGGCUUAUCAGACGCCUCACGGAGGAGAUGCUGAUACACCAUAUAGGACUCCAAAGAGUGUAAGAAGAGGGGCUGCCCCCAUGGAAGGUGAACGUAUUUUGGGAACUCCAGACUACCUGGCACCUGAAUUGCUGUUAGCAAAGCCUCAUGGUUCUGCUGUAGAUUGGUGGGCUCUUGGAGUUUGUUUGUUUGAAUUUUUAACAGGAAUUCCACCCUUUAAUGAUGAAACACCACAACAAGUCUUCCAAAAUAUUCUGAAAAGAGAUAUUCCUUGGCCUGAGGGUGAAGAAAAGUUAUCCAUGAAUGCCCAAAAUGCAAUAGAUAUUCUUUUAACUAUUGACACUACGAAGAGAGCUGGACUAAAGGAGCUGAAACGUCACCCCCUUUUUGCAGGAGUAGACUGGGAUAAUCUGCAGAAUCAAGCGAUGCCUUUCAUACCUCAACCAGAUGAUGAAACAGACACUUCUUACUUUGAAGCUAGGAAUAAUGCUCAGCACCUAACUGUGUCUGGAUUUAGCUUAUAAGAAGAAAAUGAAACUCUGUCCAUGGUUCUGCACACUUCUCUCUUCCCAUUUAACAGUAGGUUGGCUUUGGUUUUCUUAUCAAGUGUACUUUUAAGAAAAAAAAUCUGUCUACUUCUAAAUUGUUGUGUCCAUUAUUAUAGAACUAAACUACUGUAUAGAAAGGUCAUUAGCUCCAAAUGACUUUAUUUAUCCUGCUUACUGCACCUUAGAAGUCUGAAUAUUAUGUUUGUAAAGUUAAUGGCACUUUCACACAUGGCAUUUCUGCUGCUGAGGAAUACUUUCAAUUUGUGGUGGGUUAUUCUGCAAUGAAAUAGAGCAGAGUGGGGGGGGGCAUAAAUAUAGCUUAAUUGUUUAAAUUUGAUUUAUCCAUUGUGGCUAAAUAGAUUAGUAGUCACAUUUGGGAUUGGUGAUGUUGGACCAGUUUCAAGAUGCAUAGAGAAAUCAAAGUUUCUCUCAGUGCGGUGUCAAAACACCUAAUUCCUUGGUGCUAGUCCUUAAACAGGAUGAAAUUUUUAGAUGUUUUAACAAUGUUAAGUCACUUACGUUGACUGUUCAGCUGCUGAGUUACUGGUGUUAGAAACUUUAGUAAACUUUUACUAUCAGUAUCACUUUUCCUAGCUUAAAUGGGCCAGGGAAUAAAAACUUGUGGAAGCUGUUUAAAUUGUCAUGCUGAAAAGAUUCUGAAUGUGUUGUUGCAGGAUGGAUUAAACCAUGUGUAUUUUAACAAUUAUUUGUUUUAAUAGAAAAGUCUAAGUGCAUGUAUUUGGCCUCUUUCCUAUGUCAUGUAGUGCCAUAAAAAAUUGUUUGCCAAUCAAAACAGGAUUUGCUGAAAAUGAAGAUGCUAUGUAUUAAAGUCUAUUUUUCAAACUGAUUAAUAUGACAGCUUCACCAUAAAUUAGAUUCAGUAAAACUUGAAUUUCAAUUAGGGCUUUCAUUAUUAAACACUUUAAUGAGGGAUAAGCCCUAUAUUUUUUCCAAUAUAUUAAAACAAUAUGUUGAUUUCAUGUUAAAGUGUGGAGAUUACUGUUAUAUUUCUUAUUGUCCCUAACUGCUAAAUGUCUACUUUUGUUGAAACUGCUUCUUUUCCCUACAAGUGGGAAAUCUAUAUUAAACAAACAAAAACAUAUCCUCCUUUUAA